AUGGGGUCGAGGCAGAGGGCGCAGCCCGAGGGCCAGGGGGUCCCUCCUGGUGCUGGUUCCAUAGCUGGGUUAACCCUGCUGCUGGCUGGGGCGCGGGGCCCGCGGACUGCGCGCUCUGCGGCUGCGAAAACCCGGAGAGGCGGAUGGGAGCGCUCGAGGCGCUCGCAGUCAACUCCUCCGCGGUCCGGUCGCCAAGCUGGGCAUGCUCAUUAUGAACAGAGACCACUGAAGCGCCCGCGGCUCGGGCCGCCCGAUGUCUACCCGCAGGACCCCAAGCAGAAGGAGGAUGAACUUACUGCUGUGAACGUAAAACAGGGUUUCAACAAUCAGCCAGCCUUCACUGGAGACGAACAUGGCUCUGCGAGAAACAUUGUAAUCAACCCCUCAAAGAUCGGCGCAUACUUCAGCAGCAUAUUGGCUGAGAAACUAAAGCUUAACACUUUCCAGGACACCGGAAAGAAGAAGCCCCAAGUUAAUGCUAAAGAUAAUUACUGGCUGGUUACUGCUCGAUCUCAGAGUGCAAUUCAUAGUUGGUUCUCUGACUUAGCAGGAAAUAAACCACUUGCUAUUUUGGCGAAAAAGGUCCCCAUCCUUAGCAAAAAAGAGGACGUUUUUGCAUAUUUAGCUAAGUACUCUGUGCCAAUGGUUCGAGCAACGUGGCUGAUCAAGAUGACUUGUGCCUAUUAUUCUGCUAUUUCUGAAGCUAAAAUUAAGAAGCGCCAGGCUCCAGAUCCCAAUUUGGAGUGGACGCAAAUAUCUACCAGGUACCUAAGAGAGCAGUUGGUCAAGAUCUCUGACUUCUACCACAUGGCCUCCAGUACAGGUGACGGUCCUGUCCCCGUGCCGCCAGAGGUCGAGCAAGCCAUGAAGCAGUGGGAGUACAACGAGAAGCUGGCGUUUCACAUGUUCCAGGAAGGGAUGUUGGAAAAACAUGAGUAUCUGACGUGGAUUCUGGACGUCCUAGAGAAGAUCAGACCCGUGGACGACAACCUCCUCAAACUCCUUCUGCCUCUGAUGCUGCAGUACUCAGAUGAGUUUGUCCAGUCUGCCUACCUGUCUCGUCGUCUAGCGUACUUUUGUGCCCGGCGUCUUUCCUUGCUGCUGAGUGACAGCCCCAACCUCCUUGCUGCUCACUCACCCCACAUGAUAAUCGGAGCAAACAACACGAGUAUUGGGACCCCCAGUCCUGGCACCCCUGGCCCUGGUAUGAGCCCCAUGCAGCUGGCCUUCUCGGAUUUCCUUUCCUGUGCGCAACAUGGCCCCUUGGUUUAUGGACUUAGUUGUAUGUUGCAGACUGUCACUCUGUGUUGCCCAAGUGCCUUGGUGUGGAACUAUUCCACAAACGAAAAUAAGAUCGCAAACCCAGGCUCUCCCCUGGAUCUGCUGCAGGUUGCCCCUUCCAGCCUCCCCAUGCCGGGUGGGAAUACGGCUUUCAAUCAGCAGGUUCGGGCCAGGAUUUAUGAGGUAGAACAGCAGAUCAAACAGCGAGGCCGUGCAGUAGAGGUCCGGUGGUCUUUUGACAAGUGUCAGGAGUCGACAGCAGGGGUGACUAUUAGUCGGGUUUUACACACCCUGGAGGUCUUGGACCGUCACUGCUUUGACCGCACCGAUUCCAGCAACUCGAUGGAGACGCUCUAUCAUAAAAUUUUCUGGGCGAACCAAAACAAGGAUAGCCAAGAGGUUGCCCCCAAUGACGAAGCGGUGGUAACAUUGUUAUGUGAAUGGGCCGUGAGCUGCAAACGAUCUGGCAAGCACAGAGCCAUGGCCGUGGCGAAACUCUUGGAGAAAAGGCAAGCAGAGAUUGAGGCAGAGAGAUGUGGCGACUCGGAAGUCCUGGAUGAGAAAGAGUCAAUUUCUUCAGCCUCAAACAGCAAAUGGAAAAGUAUGAGAGCGGACCCCAACAGCGAGUGUGAGAAGGUGGAAUUUGUGAACUUGGUGCUGCUCUUCUGUGAGUUUAUCCGGCACGACGUCUUCUCCCAUGAUGCAUACAUGUGCACCCUCAUCUCGCGAGGAGAUCUGUCCGUCACUGCCUCUGCAGGAGAGAGUGCAGACGAACACUAUUCCAAGGACCAUGAUAUGAAGAUGGAGGAACACAGUAUCAUGGCGCACAUGGGCCUCGGCCCAGGAACCGCUCACAUUUUUGACGAAGUAGACAAGAGUGACUUUAAAAGUGACUUUGGUUCUGAGUUUCCAAUUUUUUCUCCCAUGCCUGGAGAGUCCUGUGAGAAUGCCAACCCUUCCCUGAGCCGAAGAAUGUCAGUUAAUGGCGAGAAACUGCUGAAGAGAGAAAAACCAAGGGAAUUGAUCUUUCCGUCAAAUUAUGACCUCCUCCGUCAUCUGCAGUAUGCAACCCACUUUCCUAUACCUCUGGAUGAAUCUUCAAGUCAUGAAUGUAACCAGCGCACAAUCCUUCUCUAUGGAGUCGGAAAAGAGCGUGACGAAGCCAGGCAUCAGCUGAAGAAGAUUACCAAAGAUAUCCUGAGAAUCCUGAACAAGAAGAGCACCACGGAAUCAGGGGUUGGGGAUGAAGGACAGAAAGCCAGGAAGAACAAGCAGGAAGUUUUUCCCACCCCGGAAACUGUGUUCACGAAACUCCAGCUCCUCUCGUACUUUGAUCAGCAUCAAGUGACAUCACAGAUCUCUAACAACGUGCUGGAGCAAAUCACAAGCUUUGCGUCAGGAACAUCCUAUCACCUGCCUCUGGCUCACCAUGUCCAGCUCAUCUUUGAUCUCAUGGAGCCGGCGCUGAACAUCAAUGGACUAAUUGACUUUGCAAUACAGUUACUGAAUGAACUGAGCGUGGUGGAAGCCGAGCUGCUCUUGAAGUCCUCUAGUCUGGCAGGAAGUUACACUACAGGACUGUGUGUCUGCAUUGUGGCUGUGCUCCGGCGGUAUCAUAGUUGUCUGAUCCUAAAUCCUGAUCAGACAGCCCAGGUGUUUGAAGGGUUGUGUGGCGUGGUGAAGCAUGUUGUCAACCCCUCAGAAUGUUCUUCCCCUGAAAGAUGUAUCCUGGCCUACCUCUAUGACCUCUAUGUGUCAUGCAGCCACCUCAGAAGUAAAUUUGGAGACCUUUUCAGUAGUGCCUGUUCAAAAGUAAAGCAGACCAUAUAUAAUAACGUAAUGCCUGCAAAUUCCAACUUACGCUGGGAUCCAGACUUCAUGAUGGACUUCAUUGAGAAUCCCUCAGCAAGAAGCAUCAACUACUCAAUGCUGGGCAAGAUCCUCAGUGACAACGCUGCCAACCGGUACAGCUUUGUCUGCAACACACUGAUGAACGUGUGCAUGGGCCACCAGGAUGCCGGCCGGAUAAAUGACAUAGCCAAUUUCUCCUCUGAGUUAACUGCUUGCUGUACAGUUCUUAGUUCGGAGUGGCUGGGGGUUCUGAAGGCUCUUUGUUGCUCUUCCAAUCAUGUGUGGGGAUUUAAUGAUGUGCUCUGCACUGUAGAUGUGAGUGACCUUUCAUUCCAUGAUUCAUUAGCUACUUUCAUUGCUAUCCUGAUAGCACGACAGUGUUUCUCCCUGGAGGACGUCGUGCAGCAUGUGGCGCUUCCCUCUCUCCUAGCGGCAGCGUGCGGAGACGCGGAUGCAGAGCCCGGGGCAAGAAUGACAUGCCGCCUCUUGCUUCACCUCUUCCGAGCUCCCCAGGCCUGCUUUUUCCCUCAAGCCACAGGCAAACCUUUCCCUGGAAUAAGAUCAUCUUGUGAUAGACACCUCCUAGCCGCCGCUCACAACAGCAUAGAAGUGGGAGCCGUUUUUGCUGUCUUAAAGGCAAUUAUGAUGCUUGGAGAUGCCAAGAUUGGCAGCAACAAUGUCACCACUUUAAAGAAUGAAGACUUCGGCAUGAGGGGUUUACGACGUGAUGGGAAUGCUGAGGACGCCUGGGCCACCUCGCAGAAUUCGAAAUCCUAUGGGAAGAGCAUUUCCAUAGAAACCGCCAAUCUAAGAGAAUAUGCUAGAUACGUACUGAGGACUAUCUGCCAACAGGAGUGGGUAGGGGAACAUUGCUUAAAGGAACCAGAACGACUCUGUACAGACAAAGAACUGAUUUUGGACCCUGUGCUGUCAAACAUGCAAGCCCAGAAAUUGCUGCAGCUCAUCUGUUACCCUCAUGGCAUUAAAGAGUGUACAGAGGGGGACAACCUGCAAAGACAGCACAUUAAGCGCAUCCUUCAGAACCUUGAGCAGUGGACACUGAGACAGUCCUGGUUAGAACUUCAGUUAAUGAUCAAGCAGUGCUUGAAGGACCCUAGCUCUGGUUCUGUGGCUGAAAUGAACAACUUACUGGACAAUAUUGCCAAGGCAACCAUAGAGGUGUUCCAGCAGUCUGCAGACCUGAAUAAUAACGCCCCCAGUUCUGGCAUAAGCCUCUUCAACCCCAACGGUAUUGGAAGUGCUGAUGCAAGCAGCACGAGGCAGAAUGGAAUAAAGACAUUUUUAAGUUCCUCUGAACGCAGGGGUGUAUGGCUGGUGGCCCCCCUCAUCGCCAGGCUACCAACCUCCGUGCAGGGAAGAGUGCUGAAGGCUGCUGGGGAGGAGCUGGAGAAGGGACAGCACCUGGGCUCUUCUUCCAAGAAGGAAAGAGACAGGCAGAAGCAGAAAAGUAUGUCUCUUUUGAGUCAGCAACCUUUCCUCUCCUUGGUCCUUACCUGCCUUAAGGGGCAAGAUGAGCAACGGGAGGGCCUCCUAACAUCUCUGCAGAAUCAAGUCAAUCAGAUUUUAAGUAACUGGAGGGAAGAAAGAUACCAAGAUGAUACGAAAGCCCGCCAGAUGAUGCACGAGGCUUUGCAGCUCCGGCUAAAUCUGGUGGGAGGAAUGUUUGACACAGUCCAGCGGAGCACCCAGGGGACCACUGACUGGGCUCUCCUCCUCCUCCAGAUAAUUACUUCGGGAACUGUUGACAUGCACACGAACAAUGAGUUAUUCACCACAGUUCUUGACAUGCUGGGUGUUUUAAUCAACGGGACAUUGGCUUCUGACCUAUCAAAUGCUUCCCCCGGGGGAUCUGAAGAGAACAAACGUGCAUACAUGAAUUUAGUAAAGAAACUGAAAAAAGAACUAGGAGACAAGCGAUCAGAAAGCAUUGACAAGGUUCGACAGCUGCUGCCUUUGCCAAAGCAGACGUGUGAUGUCAUCACUUGUGAACCCAUGGGUUCUUUGAUCGAUACAAAGGGAAACAAAAUUGCUGGAUUUGACUCCAUUGACAAAAAACAGGGUCUCCAGGUCUCUACGAAGCAGAAGGUGUCCCCAUGGGACCUGUUUGAGGGUCAGAAGAACCCAGCUCCUCUGUCCUGGGCCUGGUUCGGCACUGUCCGUGUGGACCGGAAGGUGCUAAAAUACGAGGAGCAGCACCACUUCCUUCUGUACCACACACACACCAUGCCUAAGCCCCGAAGCUACUACCUUGAACCACUGCCCCUUCCUCCUGAGGAAGAAGAGGAAGAGCCCACGUCUCCAGUGUCUCAGGAACCAGAAAGGAAAUCAGCCGAACUGUCAGAUCAAGGAAAAACUGCAGCUGACGAAGAGAAGAAGACAAAGGGAAGGAAGCGUAAGACAAAAUCAAGCUCACGCAUUGAUGAGUAUCAGCAGAGCAACAUGUACCGAGUGCCUCCUAACUACUCGCCCAUGUCCUCCCAAAUGAUGCAUCACCCGCAGCCUGCACUGUGGGGGUACAACCUGGUGAGCCAGCCCCAGCAGCCCGGCUUCUUCCUUCAGAAUCAGUCCCUGAACCCAGGUGGCUCCAGAUUGGAUCCUGCAGGCUCCUAUGUCCCAACCAACACGAAGCAAGCCUUGUCCAACAUGCUGCAGAGGCGCUCGGGUGCCAUGCUGCAGCCACCUUCCCUUCACGCGAUCACAUCUCAGCAGCAGUUGCUACAGAUGAAGCUUCUGCAGCAGCAGCAGCAGCAACAGCAACAGCAGCAGCAGCAGCAGCGGCUCCUCCGGCAGGCCCAGACUCGGCCUUUCCAGCAGGGCCAGCCAGGGGACCAGGCUGCUCUCUUUACUGCACAAUCACGGCCCUCCCCUCAGCUCCCUCAGUAUCCAGGGCUGCAACAAGCACAGACCAUGCCCCAGGGCUACACAAUGUAUGGGACACAGAUGCCUUUGCAACAGGCAGCUCCGCAGCAGUCUGGAGGUGUGGUCCUCUCCCCCAGCUACAACUCCAGAGCCUAUCCGGCCGCACAUUCCAGCCCAGCGCUGAUGGAAAGACUCCGCCAACUCCAGCAGCAGCCUAGUGGCUAUGCACAGCAGCAGGCCUCGCCGUACCUGCAGCCCGUAGCUGGCUCUCAGAGACUGAACCACCAGGCUCUACAGCAGAGCCCUCUGGUGGGCGGGGGAAUUGAUGCUGUGCUGACUCCCGCACAUCCCACCCUCCCCUCGGUGCCCCUGCCUCAGGACCCAUUGAGGCCCAGACAGCCGCAAGUUCGACAGCAGCAGAGACUCCUCCAGAUGCAGCAGCCCCAGCAGGCCCCCCAGCCCCAGCAGCCCUCACAGCCCCAGAGUCAGGCCCUUGGUCUCCAAGCAAUGCAGCCCCAGCAGCCUCUGUUCCCCAGGCAAGGCUUGCAGCAGACCCAGCAGCAGCAGCAGACAGCCGCCCUGGUGCGACAGCUCCAGAAGCAGCUUUCUAGUAACCAGCCACAGCAAGGAGUGACCCCCUGUGCGCAUCCUUCACACUUCUGAAUCUGAAAGAGAAGACGCGAAGUUUAUGUUUGCACUGAGAAACAGAAAAUCAAAUUUAUUAGUCAUCAUAAGAAGUCUCCUUUGGUCUUUGAGUUAUUUAUAUUUCCCUAUAUUUUAUGCUACAUUUCUUGCAGAGGUAUUUAAAUAAGUAAAGAAGUUGUGGUUUGGUUUUAUCAUAUUCAAAGUAGGUUGUAAAAUAUGGAUCACGCAGGCCUACUUCAGAUAGUGUGGUUGGUAGCUGACCUUUUGAAACUGGUGCUUUUUAUCUCAUAUUUACAUAAAGAAUGAAGUACGGUAGGUUUAAAUAUUUAUGUAUUGAUGAAUGAUUUUUUUUAAGCCUGUGGUAGACCAAACUACUGAUUUAAAAGAUGUGGCAGUUGUCACGGGUGUAUGACACAUUCGCUCUGCAUCCCCCUGUGAGGGCGGGGCGAGCAUUGAUUCGCAUCGUUCUAAUUUGAAAUGUUGAUCAUUUCAUAAGCACUUUAUAAACUUUGUUCCCAGUUAUGAAGGUCUUUGCUUUGCUUUCAUUUUUGUGGUCCAAAGGUGCUGAAACAGGUUGUUGUUUAGUACUUCCGCUACUUCAGGGCUUCCGAGAUGUGCGGGAGCCUCUUCGAAGUGACUGCACUCCAUCUUGUUUCUCGUGACAAGCUCUUUUGCCAGAUUCUCCGUGAAGGUACAGCAGCUGCUGGAGGUCAGAAGAGUCACAGUGGAAUCAGUUCAUUUACUUACUGCCAGUUUUGGUAAAAAAAAUAAAUAAAUACAUAACUGUCCAGUUCUGGUUCUUCAGAACCUCAUGCCAACUUGAGAAAAAAAAAAGAUAAACAAAUCUCACAGCUGGCCUUAGAUUCUACUGUGCUUAGACUUGACACGGUUUCCAGAGAGUCUGGCUCCAUGGUCCAGAAGACUCUGGUAAUUCAUCAAAGGUGUACUUACUGUUAAUUUUGUAUGGUAAGUAUUUGCUAUUUUGAAUUUAAUUAUUAAUGUUGGUGUCUGUCUUGGUUGUGUAUUGCUUAUACUGUAUUUAUAAACUGGUGCAAAAAGCACAAGUAAAGUAAAUUAUACAUCAAAUUUAUUAUAAAGAAAUAGUAACUAUUUUAACUUUGUUCAAGUAUGUGGUAAUUUACUCCUAGUAGAGUGAAAAAAUACAGUAAAUUAUUAUCAGUUUGUGUAACUUAAGAGUAUUCCAUAUAAUAUUUUUUUAGAAUUAGAUGCAUAAAAUUUUGAAUGUGAAAAUUGCAGGGCAUUUUAAGACACAUGUAGGGAUCUUCCCUUGUUCUUUGUUGGGUUCAUUUUUCUUUUUGCCAUAUGAUUUCACAUGUAAUGUAGUCAAGCAUACUGUGAAUAGAUUGUCUGUGAAGAGCAAACCAUGUAGAACUACUUUUUAAAAAUGUAGCUAGUACAACUUUAGAUAAUUUCUUUUGCAGAUCACUAUAUAAAUAGUUUAUAUCUUCCUAGGUGAGUUACUCAUUCAAAUGACCUCAGAUCCAUGUUUGCUUACUUUGCCAUGGCAACAUCCAUGUGAACUGCUUUGUACACUGUGAAAUAUAGCCCUCCAGCCUGUUUGUUUUGUGUUUACUCUGGGCUGGAAAAGACUUUGCCAAACAUUAAAGACCAUUCUUUCCACUAAGUGAGCAUUCUAUCUGCUUUCGACAAUGCAGUCCAUUUCAGUAGUCCCCCAUGUCAGCUUUGCUUUCUCUCCGGAGUCAUGCUUACAGCUCACAAAGCUAGUUUUCUUCAAAGUAACACACCACGUGACUGCAUUGGCAGAACCACCGCAACGUGACUGUUGUGUCUAGUGGGUGAGUCACACCCUGUUCUUUCUGGUCUUUACUCAAUGGUUAUUGGUAGUUAAGAUUCCAGCUUCAGUCUGAACCACCCGUUUCUGUAGCUCAGCAUCGCACCCAGCAGCAGGAGUGGGAGAACUGCAUAGCGUUGGCACGCACUUGACACUUUGCAGAAGUUGGCUUAGUCGUCCGUUUGCACUCAAAGGUGAUGGUCUCCUUGUUGCUGUUUGUUCUGUUUCUUGAGAUGAGGAAGGUGAGUCAUGCUAAGGCCCUUUUAAGUAAGAGAUGCACUAGCAUCUCUUACUUAAAACCUAGAACUGUUUUCCCCUGUGCAUUAUAAGGAAAGCAACUGGAAUUUUAAAAUUAGUUGUUAUAUUUACUGCCACUUAAUUCGGCACUCUGAGAGGGAUUUUUAUUUAUCUUUUAUAGCAAAUGCAUGAGGGUGGUAUUACAAUGGUUAGAAGGGAAACCCCUAUUGUGAAUUGCAGAUAGGAAAUUGUCUUAAGAUACAAAGCUCAGCUUUUUAAGAUCAGACCUUGAACUAUGAUGGAAUCAGGUAUACUUAACCUUAAUUUCUGGCUGGAAGGACUCCUUAAUUUAUGUGUUACAUUACAGGCUGAUUCAUUUUAGGAUUGUAUUUCUUGUUUUAUUUACCCUUCCUCAUCUGAAAGUAGAGGUAUCAUUUGACCUCUGGCAGCCGUAGAGCAACUGAUGUUAACAGUAAUCAGCUCAUGGCUGAGGUAGGCGUGGUGGAGACCCAGUGGAGUUAAGUCUCAAAUGAUUUACACAAGCUAACAAAGCUUUUGGCUUUAGUGUUCUAAGCUAACUCAGUAAGACUCAAAAAGGCUCCUACCAUUCACACAUAGAUGACUAUUUGAUCAGAAGCCAGAGAAAUUAUGCUAAGGAAAUUCCAGAAUUAUGCAAAGGAAAUAAAAGAGGAAAGUCAUAUGAUUACCCCCAUAUAUAUUUGGGUUGAAUUAAACAUGGAAUAAAAGUACAGUGAAUUAAACAAAAAGCAUUCAAUUUUUAAAGACAGUGAAACUGCAUUAUGUGUACAAGGUGUAGACUCUUGGAAAGGAGCGAUUCCUCCUUAGAAAACCUUUCUUACACAUGGCUCCGAACAGCUGGUGCCUUAGCUAGGUUUUAAAGUUAUAAAGCAGUUUCAUUGUUCUUGCAAAGCCUUUUCAGGGUGACAAAUUUGUGGACAAAUGUGCAGCACUCUUUUCACAUUCCCUGGCAUGUGAGCACUGGGCUGCUCUUUCCAUGUAGGAAAGCUAGCCUGCAUCCGUUUGGUUGGUGUGUUUUUUUCAUGCGGGUAUUAAAGCAAUGAGAAUUUUCAGUGUGAACAAGUGAUGAACUACAUCAUAAUCAAAACAGUUCAGUGCUUGUUUUCUGUAAGCUUUUUUAUCAACAUGUUUAUAAACCAGUGACAAAAGUAUAUGUACAUUAAGAUGUCCAUAGACUGCAGAUUUCAUUUUUCCCAGUGUUUCCCACUCUGAGGGCAAUGUGUGUAACAUUGGUAGAAGAUGGACACUAGGCGGUUGGCAACUGAGAGAGAGAGGAAGCUCUCUUUACUGGAAAUUCAGGUGCAUUUGCCAUUUGCUAUUUUGUAGUGGAUUGUUUUCUCUCCAUGUUUGUUAUUUGUUGGCAAAAUCAAAGUGCCUUAAGUUAAGAGUUCGCGUUGAAAUCCAUAGAAACUCAGCAUCGGUUCAUAAUGCAUUUAUUUUCAAGUCUCUUCUGCAUGUCCAUUGUAAAUUUACUACUGUAAAUGUAUUCAGAUUCAUUUCCAUGCCUAUGGCUGCCUUUGAUUAAACUUCUUCCAAAAAAAAAAAGAAAAUAAUAAACCCUUCAGAUGUUGA